AUGGGCGGUAAUUCAAUCUCCAAAGUCCUCUCUGGUUUUGCCAUGAAACACGUUCCGAAACAACAUGUUGCAACAAAAUCUUCGAGUAACAUUCUCUCAUCCUCCUCCUCUUCCUCUGCUACUACUAAUUCGAUCCUCAACAAUCAUUCCAACAACAACAUCAAGGAGAGUUUUUAUGGUAUCAAUGAUGGAACUUCUUUUCAACAACUUGCACAACAACAAGCCUCUAAACCUAUUGGAGAUUCUAAUCGUAAAAUUCGACUAGUUUCUUUCAAUUUACCUGAACAAGAUGUCAAAUAUGUUUCAAAAGAAGAUUAUGAUGUCAUGAAAGAAUGGAAGGAUCGUAUUACCCAACAUGGUGAUGAAGGAUUAAAACAAGUGGAAAUGGAAAUGAAUGAAAUUAAUCAAAUGAAUUUAGAACAACGAAAAUUAUGGGAAGAAGAAGAAUUGAAAGAACAAUACAAGAUAUCAAGAGGAGUUGCUGCUGAUACAAGUUUUGUUAUUGAUGACACUAGUCAUGGUUCAUCAUUAACUCCUGAACAAGAAUUACUCAACAAAUUAAUGAGUAGUAGUGGUGGUAGUAGUGGUAGUAGUGGUAGUGGAGGUACUGAUGGUGGAAACCAUUCUGCAGUGGUGGUGGCAAGAGAUUUAUUGAGAGAGGAGACUAGAAAUACUCUCAAUCAUUCUUCCAAUGAAGAGAUGAAGAAUGAUGAUGAAUCACUAGUGAGUCAAGACAAAGAUAUUGAUUUUGUUAAUUCUCUUCACACUCUCACCAAUCAAUUACAAGUACAAUUCAAUGAAAUUCCAGAGACUACUAUUGAAGACUAUAAAAAGGUCAUUGGCAAAGCACGUGCUCGUCCUCUCUUUGAAGAAUUACAUCAACAAGAUGACCAUCGAGUGUAUCUUCCUCAUAAUAAUACUUUAAAUUUAGGUGAAGAGAAGGAAGAGAUGGCUCGAAGAAUGGCAUAUUUAGGUCAUGUGAAUAAUCCAAAUGCUAUUAGAAAUCAAUCAUUUCCAGAAACAUUUAGAGAUGUUGAAUUGAGAAGAUUAUGUGAUCAAAUUCGAGAAUUGGAAUUUAGAAUGAAUCAAAAAGAUUCAAGUGUUGAUGAUGAAAUUGAAACAUUAAUUCAAAAUUUUGCUCAACAACAUUCCAUGAAAGUGGAGGCACUCAAAAAUAUUUUGAAAUAUGUGAAUAGUGUUUAUGUAUUUUCUCCGCACCUCUCCAAUAGUCGAGAAGUUGAAUCUUAUGGAUUUUGGAAUAAGAUUGAUCGAAUUUAA